ACUGUGAGAACGUUUGAAAUGACUUACACUGUGGCACGGUUUUUAUGCUUAUUAUUUUUAACAAGCACCAUUUUAGCAGGAGAUAAGGAUAGUCCUAUCUAUGCGGUAGUGCACAAGACUCUUUCAAUGACAGCGAGGUCUUGCAUGGUCAGUGCGAAUGCAAGCGAAGUCGAUUUGGAACCUCUCCGUGAAGAUCCGCCUUUUCCCGAGAAAUCUGCGUGUAUUUUAAACUGCCUUUUAGAAAAAAUAAAUAUCGUCAAAAGUGGAAAGUUCUCCAAAUCCGGGUUCAUGACAACAAUUAGUCCACUUGUUUUCACAAAUAAAAAGAAGAUGGAUCAUAUGAAAACUGUUUCUGAGAACUGUGAUAAAGAGGUAAACCACGACGUGUCUUCAUGCGAACUGGCAAAUGAAAUAACAUCAUGCAUUUACAAAUACGCACCCGAAUUACAUUUCAAAAAUUGAUGCAAAAAUUUGUUGAUCAUAUAAUUAAAUUAUUAUUACUUUUUGUUUUAUUGCGUUUUGAAAAUUCAAACAGAGGAAAACAAACUAAUCAGUUUU